CUAUAGUAAGCCUAAAUGACGUUUUGGUACUUUUAAGGAAGUGUCAGUUCCCUGACAAGAGGUGGUUUGAAUUGGGACUGGCUUUAGGCCUGUCAAAAAGGACACUGGACUCCAUCAAAGCUAAUAACCCACAAGAUGUCAAUCAAUGCUUAAUAGAAUGUCUCUCUAAGUGGCUGGAAAGAGCUGAUGAUGUAGUCAAUAAAGGAGGAGCUACCUGUGACUCAUUGUCAACUGCCAUUAGAGCUAUGAACGAGAUUGCAGUAGCUGAGAAUUUAGAGAAAGAGAGAUGUCCUGAAGUUCUUGCUGUUAACAUUUUAAAUAAGCACUUCACUGCACUUUCCAAGUCUCUUUCUGAUCCUGUCCAUGUAGCUAGAUUGCUUUAUGGAGAGCAAGUGAUAUCACAGCAGAAGUUAAAUGACGUGGAAGAUGACAAUUUGUCUCUUUCUGAUAAACGACAAAUCCUGCUAUCUGCUGUUAAAGAUGCUGUUCAAGCUAACCAUGUUUCUCUACAAAAGUUCUUUGUUGUUUUAUGUCAUUUAACACGUAAUGUCAAGCUAGGAGAAAGUAUUCUGAGAGACUAUAGGAUAUACUUUUCCAGUGAUGAAGAAUUUGUAUUCAUCAGAGUUGAUGAUGAUGAUUUGAGUACUGAAGGAACGUGAUACAGUCUCACCUAAGAUUAGUAUGUUAUUCGUUUACUUAAUUCUGAGGA